AUGGCGACCUCACACGCUUUCCAACCGGAAGAGAGUUUACCUCAUCCUCCACCUAAUUUUCCGCAACCAAUAAAUACAAAACAGGCUGUAAUUUACAAUAAGUCGGGCACAAAGUGUAUGAACAUUGUAAAGGAACCUUCCGGAACGCCUUUAUCACCGACUUCGCCUCCUUCAAAAGAUCCAGGUGAACUUGCACCUUCUCAUAGCACACAAAAUAGUAAUGGCGCCACAAAAAAGAAAAAAAAGAAGAAGGGCAAAAGAAAGCCACCUCCAGAUCACAUUGAAGAUCCCGAUAUUGCCAAUGGGACUCAUAAUCAACAUACAAAGUCUCAUCAUAAUAAUUACAGUAGCGAUUUUGAUGGCGAAGAAGUAGUUGAUGUGGAUAUAGAAGAUGAUGAAGAAUUUUUCUCGGAUGAUGAAGGGUACGAUCCUGAAGCUCCAGAAAUACCUUUCCCACGCAAGGAUUCUAUCACUAAUUUUGAUGACGGUAUCUGGAAUACCAAUAAUAACGAAGAACGGCAACGGAUAAGAGAAUUCUGGUUGCAAUUAGGUGAAGAGGAACGACGGAGUUUAGUAAAAGUUGAAAAAGAAGCCGUACUUAAAAAAAUGAAAGAACAACAGAAACAUUCAUGCUCAUGUUCCGUAUGUGGUCGAAAGAGGACCGCUAUUGAAGAAGAGCUAGAAACACUUUAUGAUGCUUAUUAUGAAGAGCUCGAAUUAUAUGCUAAUCAACAGCAACAAUUCGGUUCUUCACCUAUCGAAUAUCGCAGUGAGCACGGUAGCGAUACUCGGAAGGAACUUUUUAAUUUUGGUAAUAGUUUAACCGUGAAAGGAGGUAUUUUGACCGUAGCUGAUGACCUUUUAAAAAAUGAUGGGAAAAAAUUUCUUGAAAUGAUGGAGCGACUUGCUGAACGUCGAAUGCAAAGAGAAGAAGAAGCUGCGAAUGAACAACGUGAUUAUGAAGAGGAUGAUGACGAAUAUGAAGACGACUAUGAAGAAGAUGGAGAAGAGGAUACACAAACAGAGGAACAACGUAUGGAAGAAGGUCGGCGGAUGUUCCAGAUAUUUGCAGCACGAAUGUUUGAACAAAGAGUACUAAAUGCUUAUCGAGAAAAAGUUGCCCAAGAGCGACAACAAAAAUUAUUAGAAGAACUAGAAGAAGAAAACCGUCUAAAAGAAGAACGUGAAUUAAAAAAAUUAAAAGAAAAAGAAAGGAAAAAAGCUAAAAAUAGGGCCUUAAAGCAACAAAAAGAGGAAGAAAGAGCAAGGAAAGAAGCUGAGAGGCUUGCCGAAGAGCAAGCAUUACGUGCAGAGCGAGAAAAAAAAGCUGAAGAAGAACGUAAAAAACGUGAAGAAGAGCGUCUUCGAAAAGAGGCGGAGCGAAGAGCAAAGGAAGAAGAACGAUUAAAAAAAGAGGAGGAAAAAAGGAGAAGGGCAAAGGAGGAAAAGGAAAAGGAGGAACGUAGGAGAAAAGAACAAGAGGCAAAAGAACGUAAAGAGAGAGAGGAGAAAGAACGUAAAGAUAGAGAAGAGAAAGCUCGUAAGGAAAAAGAGGAGAAAGAGCGGCGUCAACGUGAUGAACGUGAUAAAAAAGAGCGUGAGGCAAAAGAACGAAGAGAGCGUGAGGCAAGAGAACGAAAAGAGAAAGAAGAAAAUGAACGUAAAGAGAGAGAAUUAAAAGAGCAAGAGAAAGUUCGUAAAGAAAAAGAAGAAAAGGAGCGUAGAGAGCGAGAAGAAAAAGAGAGAAAAGAUAAAGAAGAAAAAGAACAGAGGUCUGUUACUUUACCCUCUACAUGGCAGCAUGUUGAGCGAAAACGCACUAUUCCACCAAUAGGUCAACCUUCUAUACAACAGUCACAACCACCAAUAAAUAAUCAACCAGCCGUACAAUCUAAAAAUGUUGUUACAAUGUCUAACGGAUGGAUUAAUAAUUAUACAUCACACGAAUCACAUCAAAAUAUUCCUCCACAUCAUGCUAUAAAUCAACCUCAUCACAUGCCCCCACCCCCUAAUCAUCCACCACAUCCAAUAUUUAGUCAGAAUGGGCCACAACCUCAAUUUGGAGGACAACCUGGAGGGAUUAUAAAUGGUCCAGUAGGAAUUAAUAAUGAGAUCGUAAAUGAUGUAUAUACGAACAAUAAAAAAAUACUUAAUCAACCACCACCACAGCCAACAAACACUUUACCAGGGAUGAAUCCUGCAUCUUCGCUGUUCACUACGGGAUUAGGCCCAAUUGGUAUGGGUGUCCAUCCACAUCAUGGUGGACCUCCGAUGCCAAUGCACCCUCAUCACCCAGUAAUGCGACAACAGAUACCUCCUCGAGGGUUCAAUCCAAUUGGGGCAGCCCCUCAUUUAACUGGUCCUGCUACAGGUGUUCCACCAUCAGUAGCAUCCACAAAUUUAUCUCUUCUUAAUGAACCUGUAAUUAGUGGUAAUGGAAAUAUUGGUGCUGCAGGAUUAAAUACUAACCCACCACCUGGUGCAUUUGGUGGAUUACCUUUAGGUGGAGGACAAGGACCAUUAGGCCCACAAACAUUUAAUUUGGGAACUCAGGUUGUUGGUCAACCAACAUCCUCUUCUCAUAUUGGCCCUAAUGUUGUCCAAAACGCACCAUUAGCUCCUAUCGGGCAUCGUAGGAUGUCACAACAUCCCGAUGAUCCGCAUAUCAAAGCGGUGCAGCGACCACAACCGAUACAACGUCCAACACGGAGAGAAUCAGUUACGACGCAUACAUCCCUGGACACACGAACACGAUCACCACCACCAGGAUUUGGUAAUAUGGUUGGCUCUGGCGCGUUGAUUGGCGAUGAUCAACCACACCCAAUGACGAAUAGGCGGCAAAGCCUUGCACCUGCUGAAAGUUCAUAUUUUUCCAAUUCUUUAUUUUCAGCCUUACCUGGAGAAACAUCUCAACAGUCGCAAUCUUCACAGAAUCAACAACCGCAACCGCAGCAUCAACUAGGGUCGUCACGUCUAACACACAGACCUGUUGGUGAUAAUGAAUGGCCUCCAAUAAGAAGAUCAGGAGGAACAGAUAAUAUUAAUAUUUGGAAUUUAAACUGGUAUCAAGAAGGUAAUAACAAUGCUAAUCGUAGAGUAAUGGGCAGUUCGAAAGACUUUGGAAUACCAUAA